GAAGGCGGAAGGCGGCGGCGCGCCGGGAAGCCCAGUGCGGAUCCGUCCCUCGCACCCCGUGCCGCGGCCGCCUCCGCCGAGCCCCCGACCCCGCGGCCGGAGCCCCCGGCCCCGCGGGCGCCAUGGAGGCGGCGCUGCUGUGGUUCUGCAACUGGAGCACGCUGGGCGUGUGCGCCGCGCUCAAGCUGCCGCAGAUCUCCGCGGUGCUGGCGGCGCGCAGCGCGCGGGGCCUCAGCCUCCCCAGUUUGCUUCUGGAGCUGGCGGGUUUCCUGGUGUUUCUCCGGUACCAGUGUUACUAUGAGUACCCGCUGCUGACCUACCUGGAGUACCCCAUUCUCAUCGCACAAGAUGUUCUCCUCCUGCUGUGCGUCUACCGUUUCAACGGGAACGUGAAGGGAGCGGCCCCGUACGUGGCCGUAUUUGUGGCCUCAUGGUUCAUCCUUCCCCUGCAGAAGUGGAUCCUGGACGUGGCCAUGAACCUAAGUACUUUCAUCAGCGCGGCCAGCAAGUUUGCUCAGCUCCAGUACCUGUGGAAGACCAGGGACUCGGGGGCCGUGAGCGCCCUCACCUGGAGCCUCGCUGCAUACACCUGUGCAACAAGAAUAAUAACAACUGUAAUGACCACCAGCGAUGUUACAAUUCUUCUGCGCUUCCUGAUCAUGCUGGCUUUGAACGUGUGGGUAACCACGACGGUCCUCAACUACAGGAAGACGGCUGUAAAGGCUGAAUAACAGAUGUGCCGCGCCUCCACAGUGGAUUCUAGUAACUAAACCAACGGGGAAAAUAAGCCCACGGCUAAAUCAAGGUCCCUUAUAAAUUUCGUCAAUUGCUUCAGAAACUUUGAAGCCAAAUGUAUUUUGGACACGAGCCACUUUAACCCCUGUUUAGAAAUGCAGAUUUCCUCCCCUCUCCCCCUCGUGAGCUGGAGGCAGGUCUCAGACACCUGCAGGUCAGCAGUCAAGACAGAUGCUUUUCAGCUUUCACAAUCUUUCAAGAACUAAAUCCUUUCCAGAGCACAAAUGAUCAUGAGUGGAGUGGGAUUUCACUCAAAGUCAGAAGUGAAAUUGUAGUAAAUUACUAGGGUCAUUUUCUGGGA